CUUCAUAGAGGAUCAUAGAGCGGAGUAUCUUUGGUUACUUUUGUGUUUGAAAUUCACCGAGGAAAUGCCUGAGCCGAAACCAACAGCCAAGAAGGGCGCCAAGAAAGCAUUGGCGAAACCGGCUGUUGGCAAGGCGGGCAAGAAGCGCAGGAGGUCAAGGAAGGAGAGUUAUGCCAUCUACAUCUACAAAGUGAUGAAGCAGGUUCACCCUGACACCGGCAUCUCCUCCAAGGCCAUGAGCAUCAUGAACUCGUUCGUGAACGAUAUAUUCGAGCGCAUCGCGGGCGAGGCUUCCCGCCUGGCCCAUUACAGCAAACACUAA